AUUUCUAGUACUGCAAAAUAUAUCAGUAGUUGGAGCAAGCUCUGCCACUAACUCCCUCAUAUCUUGUUCCAAUCCAGUAGUAUCCUCCCUAAACCUUGACAAUAUCCCCACCUCGGAUCAACAAGCGCUCUUUUGUCGAAAUCAGGGUUCCAUACUCCUUGAUUCUGCCUAAUACGCCUGUCAUUAAGGUGAUCGGAGGUGGUUUGAUCAUGAUGAACAUGCUUAGCAUUGUCAUCAGUGCCAUUGUUCGUCGAAAAAACACAACUUUUGAGCCUAUUUACUAGGCCUUUCAUAUUCACAUUCGCUUUGAUCUGCAUCCGCCUAAUUGAUCCGGAUUGCAUGAUGUAUAUCCGAGGCUUAGCUGCCUUGAUUGAAAGGGUUAAUUUCUCUCUUCUACUACUAGCUAGAUAGGGUUAAGAUUUGUCUGAAACAAUAGAUAGCUAGGCUUCAUGUAUAUAUAUUCCCAAUUGAUGACUAGCUUGGUAGCCAAGUUAUUUCCUCUUUGGGGUACUUCUUUUUGCUCACUUGUCUUGAUUAGCGGUUUUUGGUGGUUGAUCUGGAGAGGUUUUACAGUGUGUCGGGAACAUGGUCAGUACACUAAGUUUCAUAAUACAAGUAGUUGGAUAUUUGGAGAAAAAAAAUAUUCAACCACUUAUAUUAUAACACUUGGUACACUGGACCGUAUUCCUGGCAUAUUGAAAAAAUUUCUCGUUGAUUUGGUAUUACUCACUUUAGUUUAAUUUUACCAUAAUCAUCAUUACUAAUUUACUACAUCUAAAGAUAUUAAUUAAUUAUUAAUUAUAGUUUAGUCUGAUCAUCAUUAAUUCAUUACAUCCAAUAUUAAGUGGUAGUUCUCAAUUAAUUGUUAAUUUUACCAUAAUCAUCAUAACAAAAAAUUGGAAUAGACAAGAAGCACAUUCAACAAUAAGACAAAAUAUAAAAGGAAAAUCAUAACCCACCCUAUCAAGCAGAAUGCCGCCACCGCCGCAACCACUUCGUCAGCAGCUACAAGAGCAGCCGCCCUAAGAACACCUACUCUGUGUUGAAUUCAACGAAGGUUUCAUAUCACAUAAGUUUUCAACCCACAACAAGAAAGUAUCCCCGGCCCAACCAUAUUUCGCCACCAAAAUCGUCACACAGGAGGGGAGAAGAGUCACUGGAUCUGAACCACCAUCACCUAUCUCUGCAAAUAAAACCAAAAGGAAAAAGAAAAGAAAUAACUAAAGGAGCAUCUAGAACACCAUGGUUUUGGGCAAAGCCGCAGCACGCUCCAACUAGAACCAAAUCCAGGAUAAUUGUUGCGCCAAGCAUCUUAACCGUAUAUUAAUUAAGGGAACUUUAAUGAAAAACUACCGGUACUAUUCAUUUUAAUAAAAAAUCAUAUUUUUACACUGAAAAGUCAAUCCUGGUACUAUUCACCUUACCCUUUAUUUUGUCCUUAUCGUUAAAACUCAAAUUUUGUCCUUAUCGUUAAAACUCAAAGUUUUCAAGCCAUUUUUAUUAGUUUUCCUAUUAAUUAAAGGUAACAGACAUUGCCAACAUGUUUUAGGAAAAGAGAGUAGAAAAUCCCAAUUAUCAAAUUUUAAAUGAAUCCUUAUCGGAGAUUAGGAAGUUAUUUUAAUUAAUUAAUCCAGGUGAAUUAAGGAUCAAACUAAAAUUAAUAUUGUCCUUGUAGGUUUAGGAAAUAGUUGGAGCUUCUUCCUUGAUCGAUAAGGAAGGGGUCUUAUUUCCUUUUAAAAACCCUAAACCACACUACUUCUGUUACUUGCGCCCCAAAUAUUCAAGUAGCAUUCGUCUCUGCUAUCUCCAUUCCAUCUUCUCUCACAAACCCUAAUCCCAAUUAAGAAGUGGUGAUCUUUUGAGUUCCAAGAAACCGAAAUGGCGACGAAGAUUACGUUGGAUUAUGUGCGGAAGCUUCAAGUUGAGUCAUUUACAAAGAUGUUGGCGGAGGUGAAAGCGGUUGCGAAAAACCGAGACGAAGAACUUUCUAUGCUCGAACAGAAAGUUUUGCUUGAUCUCUUUCAAAACAAAGGCAAGAAAUCCACAGAAUCGAAGAAGCGGAAAGCUGCUUCUGCUUCUAACAAUCAGAAAAUCAAGAAGCAUAAUUUCGGUAGCAGCAGCCGAAGCAUGCAAGAUGAGUACGUAUAUUAUAAGGAUUGUGAUGAAGAAGAUCAUGAAAAGAAAGCGAGGACGAAGAAGCAGAAGACGGCCAAGAAAGCGGAGAGCGUGAAACUAUCAUCUCCUUCAAUUCCUCUACCACCGCCGGAGUUGCCUAAAGAAUUCAAGGAAAAGAUUGAAUCAAUGCAUGGUUUCCAAGUGCAAUUGAUGAUCCAGAAGCAACUUUUCAAGACUGAUUUGAGCUAUGGUCACGACCGUCUCUCGAUGCCAAGGAAUCAAGUGGUUAAUAAGCACUUUCUCGGCGAACAUGAGAAAAGAUUGGAGAACGGCAGAGUGCUGGAAGUGAAAGUAAUAGAUUCAGGCUUAAAGGAGCGUAAAUUAUGGUUGGCCAAGUGGUUUACUCAUACCCAAAGCAGCUUUUCGUAUGUCCUAGGCAGGGGGUGGAGAACAAUUUUGAAGGAUGAGGAGGUUGGGCUUAAUGAAAACGAUGUAAUUCAGGUGUGGUCGUUUCGAUAUAUCGAUCCCAAUCCUGAUAUCAAAAAAGAAGGUCUCGGAUUCGCACUUGUUAAGAUUAGAGGUGAUGGGAAAAAAGACUUCAAUGAUGGUACUAGUAUUGAGAGGCAGCAAGUAAUUGAAUCUGCAAUUACCAAGAAAGAUGUUAAUGGUAGUACAAGUACUGAUAGGCAGGAAGCUUUCGUAUCGCAACUGAUCAAGACUGAUGAGAUGGAAACAGAUGCCAAUGUUAGUACGGGUACCGAGACGACGGAACCUGUUGACUUGGCGAUGAUCAAGAAAGAAGAGAGCAAAAAAGAUAGUAUUUGCAGUACCGCCAGUGAGGAGGCUAUUGAAUCAUCUAAGGCCAAGAACAAGAGUCUGCAGGCAGCGGUUAAAGCCAUGAAGCAUGUCAGCCUAAACCUCAAGUUUAGAAAUGUAACUUUUAGACAAAUUAAGACUUAUGUUUCUGUUGUGUAAAACGAUCCUUAGUCUUCAUUGAGGGUUACUUUUGUUCAUAUUUUUAUGGAAGAGAUUAGAUGGUUUAUGUUAUUAUUCUUAUGUAUUUUUCCACAGUAAGUGAUUCUU